CCCAUGAGCUCUCUCAGUUCUCUUACCACACAAAGAGAGAGAAAGAUUCAGUUUUUUUUUUCAGACACAUUUACACAGUUACAUAUAUAGUUAAUGGAUUUGCAUGAAACUGGAUCAAGAACACAAGUUAUGACCAAAGAUUGCGAUGAUGAUGAUUACAUAGACUUGGAGAUCAAUCUCUCUUCUUCUUCAUAUUCUUCUACAUCUCACUCCUCAAGCUUCAUCAGCUUCGACGUCACCUCCUCGCCACCGCAAAGCAGAGAGUUCGAGUUUCAAAUGUGCUCCUCCGCCGUAGCUUCCGGCGAAUCCACCACGUGUCCUGCCGACGAUCUCUUUUACAAAGGUCAACUCCUCCCUCUCCACCUCCCUCCUCGUCUCCAAAUGGUCCAAAAGCUACUCGCGUCCUCCUCCUCCUCCACCGCUGCAAAAGCCACUCCGGCUUCCCCACGCGCCGCCGCAUUUUUGCCGGGGAGAUUCAGUAGCAGCGAGAUCGAAGUAAGAGUCCAAGACGAGCUCAACGAGAAUCUUGGAAAUAGCAAAAAGAUCAAACAGUCAUCAUCGAUAACUCAAAAGCUCAAGGCCUCACGUGCUUACAUAAGAUCUCUUUUCUCUAGACAAGAUUCAUCAGAGAUGGGCAUGAAGAACUCUAAAACCUCGAAAAACAAGAACCCAUUAGGGAAACAAGAAGCCUCUCCAUUGAGUCACAGGAGAUCGUUCUCUGGUGUAAUACAGAGGCAUUCUCCAGCAAAGUGUUCUUCCUUGUCUUCUUCCUCGAGGUCGUCUCUUUCGUCUUCGUUUAGUUUUGGAUCAAACGGGUCUUUGGAUCUGCAGACGCUGAUGAGAAGCAGCAAUGCGAGCUUGGAGGUUGACAACUCCAUCGAAGGAGCUAUUAAGCAUUGUAAGCAAUGUGGCUGAAUCUGAGCUCUCUUCUUCAACAACGUCUGUUUCUACUUGCGGCGACAUUGGGAAAGGUUGAGACUUUCCGACCGAUCUGUUAUGCUCUCUCAUUCUUAUUUCCGAACAAACAAAAAAAAUGACAUAAAGUUAAAAAAAAAAAAAAAAACUUGUUUUUUCUUCUUCUCUUGUUUUUCUUUUUGUAUUUUAGAUUGUUUUAUGUUUUUUUUUUUUGAAGUUUCUGAAUUUGAGGCUUCUUUCUGUGUUACAAUUACUAAUUAGUUUUCCUUGAGAUAAAUCAUGUAAUAAAUAUGUA